AUGUGGGCAGUUCGGGUUUCACGACUGUCACAAGAUCUUGGGCCAGCAGGGGAAGACAGUGCCAAAGAGUGCUGGGAUCAAAUAUUUGCGCAACUUGAUGCUGCAAAACAGGCUGAGGUGGAUCCGGUUGGCAGGCUGCGAGCCUCAAGGGCCGCAGAUGCAAAGAGCGGCAGGCCGCAGACGGCAGAGGCGUCAGAGACACCCAGAAAGACGUCCAAGCCGCCUGGUUUGGCGAGACCGCAGACUUCCAGGAAUCGUCGCCAGCGCCCUCAGGAGGCAAACAGAUACCGGCCAAAGAGUGAAAAGGUGUUGGAGACCGGAUUUAGACUCGCGGUCGGACAGUCCGGCCUUUUCGAUCCAAGCAGCGGGGUUCUUCACCCGAAGAACUUUGGCACCUGGGACAAGAACCGGUGUCAUCUUCCCGAGCGUCUUUGGCCUUGCCAAGGUGCCAUUGGAACCCUAUAUGAUGUUCAGCGAAGAGACAAAGUCGACUGGAGACGAGGGAUGCCCAGAGGUCGCGACUUUGGCAUGGCCUGGGGCCGUCGUUUGUUGCAAAGGGCUCUGAGAUUCACCUGUGCCUGUCACAUUCACAAGGCCCUAGCUGAUGUCGGCACGGGCACAGCUGCUGAGGCGUUUGUCGCCAAGUAUGUCCGCAAGCAGCGUGCCACGGUGAAGGCUGCCGGCCCCGACCAAGAAGCAGACAUCGCGGCUGUGGCACACGAUGACAGUUUGUAUCAGGGCCGGCGCACUACUGUCCGAUGGUUGGGUGGGUGCCCGGUGCAUCUUGAGUUCGGGGCGUAG